AUGCAUUCUGAACAUGUCCAUAAGUCUGAAGAAUUUUUUAAAAGAAAAUUAGAAGAGUUUGAUAACCAAACGAAAUCGUUAAAAAAACUUGUUUCUGUCUCUUCAAAUGCUUUACUAGCAUCGUACAAAGUUUCUUACAGGAUUGCAAAAUGCAAGAAACCGCACAAUAUCGGAGAAACUCUAGUUUUGCCAGCAGCUAUCGAUAUGGUUGAAGCAAUGUUUGGCGAAUCCUAUGCAAAACAAUUACAGCAAAUACCGCUUGCUGAUAACACAGUCGCUAGAAGAAUUGAUGACAUAUCUGAAGAUCUUUGUGAUCAGUUGGUUUCUCGACUACGUAACUGUAAAUUUGCUAUACAAGUUGAUGAGGGAGCUGACAUAAAUAAAAAUGCACAUUUAAUUGCAUAUGUCAGAUAUGCUGAAGAAAAAAAUAACAUAGAAUGGAUCAAUUGUGUUGGACUUUGUACAGACGGAGCACAGUCAAUGUCAGGAAAUAAAUCUGGUCUUCAAGCUCUUGUAAAAAACAGAGCACCAGAAAUUAUCUGGACGCACUGCAUGCUGCACAGAUCAGCACUUGUCUCAAAGAAUAUGAGUCCAGAACUGAACGAUAUUUUUGCGCAAAUUACAAAAGUUAUAAACUACAUAAAAACACAGUCCUUUAAGAGCUAA